AUGAAUAAUAAUCCAAGUUUAUGGAUACUUACAUCUAUUUCAAUAGGAAUGUUACUAUCACAACAGUUGCGUUUGCAACCCUCAGUACUAGAUCAUCCGAGACAGAUUCGAAGUAUAACAAUUGAUCGUUGCUCUAACUUUAUGAGCGUUGCUGCUAACGGCAAUGUUACGAACCUGUUGGCUCACUUGUAUAAAGCAAAAACAACUCUUCCUAAAAUAGAGGAAUAUAUAAAUCUAUUUGUCUACAGCGUGCCAAAUUUGCAAAGGAUUACUUUCGAAAAUGCUAUUCGACAAGAAUUUGGACCCACUAGGCAAGUUGAGUGGUUUGGUCCUUCAUGGUCUACACAUUGGUUCCAUCUCCAACUUAGAAUACCUAACGAGUUCGCUGGUCAAGAAGUCCGUUUUAUAUGGAAUUCAGAUAGUGAAGCCAUGAUUUGGAGCAUUGAGAGAGUCGCUUUACAAGGCUUGACAGGCGGAGCAGGCAGUGAUGCACGACAUGAGUAUAUAUUAACAACGCAGGCUGAAGGAGGGGAAUUUGUGCAGUUGUAUAUUGAAAUGGCUUACCUAUUCUAUGACUAUCAAAUAAUUCUCGGCAUGGCGAGAGACUUACCAGAAGAUUCAUUACGCGGAUUGCAGGCUCUCUUUGCAGCCAACAAAAUAUUGAAUGUCUUCAACCCUAACGACGAAGAGUUAAUUGACAAUGCUAUAAUGCAAGGCCUUACUCAUACUAUUUAUGCCGUUGGUCAUUGUCACAUUGACACUGCUUGGUUAUGGCCCUUUGAAGAGACCAUCCUCAAAGUCGCUCCACAACAAUAUCAAUGGAUCAAAGAUCACUAUCCUCCUUUGUACAAUCGAAUCAAGGAAAAAGUCAGUUUGAAUCAAUUCUCACCAACGGGUGGCGCUUGGGUUGAAAUGGAUACUCAUAUGCCUUGUAGAGAAUCACUGCACUUUUCUAAAUCUGAAUUUGGAAAACGUUGUAAUACGGAACAAAAGUCAACACAUAUGGCGCCAUCAGACACUUACAAUAAACAGUGUGCUCCGGAAGAAUCGCUGAGAAGCGUGAAAAAUGAUAAAGAUAAGGUGUAUUGGAACACUAGCCUACUGGUGUAUGGUAAUGGUGAUGGAGGUGGGGGGAGGCCUUUACCGAGUAUGAUAGAAAGAUUGAGAAAAAUGAAGGGCGUGGUAAGCAUUAAUCCUACAUCAGAGACUUUACCGUCAUGGAAAGGAGAGCUUGUAUAUUCAACCCGUACAUACACAACACAGGCCUUCUGUAAGAAACUCAAUCGAACCUGUGAGUUUCUGCUUCGUGAUCUCGAAAUGAUGGCUACUUUCGUGAUGAUCAAUUUUGACCUGUAUCAAUACCCUAAGGACGAAAUAGACGACCUGUGGAAGAUGACUUGUUUGCCUCAAUUUCAUGAUGUGAUAUCGGGUUCAUCCAUUGAAAUGGUGUACGAGGAUUGUUUACAAUUGUACACUAAAGUAGAUAGACUGGUCAAACAAAUGCGAGACAACCCAAUCGACCAGCAUGGCACUAUGGAUGCUGAUGAAAUAUUGGAAAAUACAACAAGUGACGAGGAGAAAUUAAUUGUUGCUAUAAACACUUUAGCAUGGGAUAGACAGGAAAUUCUGGAAGUGCCUAUCGCUUAUUUGAGCAGCAUCCCCAUCGUCCCUAGUGCCAUUUUCACUCAACAACAACAGUAUUCAGCAUUCGGAUCUACAGGCUACAUUCUUGUUGAUGUGAAGGCUAUGAGUGCUGUAAUAUGUGAUAUCAAUAAUUCUUCAACGUCGUCAUUGCCUAUUCCACUACAGCAACAGUGUAGCCAGGUGGCCAAAGUUCAUACGGAUCAAUUCAAUAAUGUUGUCUUGGAAAACAAUUAUACUAAAGCUACAUUCGAUAACUCCGGACAUUUAAUUCAACUUUAUGAUAAGGAGAUCGAGCGUGAAGUGAUCAAGGUGAAUGAACGCGGUAACGUUUUCAAACUGUACGAAGAUGUUCCUCUCUUUUGGGAUGCUUGGGAUGUUGAGAUUUACCAUUUAGAAAAAUAUAAAGUGGUCGAGGAGGGAUCCAUUCAAAUCCUUGAACAGGGCCCCCUUCGAGCAUCCUUGUUGAUUGAAAAACGUAUCUCUAGUACAAGUCGCUUGCGUCAAACUGUGAUACUUAGUUCAAUUUCACGUCGCUUAGAUUUCGAUACUGAAGUAGAUUGGAACGAAAACCGACAAUUUUUAAAGGUAGAGUUUGCCUGGGAUAUCUUUACGGACGUGGUAAAUUACGAAUGCCAAUAUGGAUAUGUAACACGGCCCACCCAUUACAAUACAAGUUGGGAAGCAGCAAAAUUUGAAGUGGUUGCCCAAAAAUUCGCAGAUAUGUCCGAAUAUGCCCAUGGAGAUAAGAUACGCUUAUCAUUAUUGCGUUCGUCGAAAGCCCCAGAUUCAAACUGUGAUAUAGGACACCAUUCGUUCAGAUAUGCUGUUUAUCCCCAUCCGCAGCACUUUUUACAAUCAGACGUAGUUCAAGAAGGCUACAACUUUAAUUCACCUUUAUUAAGCAAGAUUAUACCCAAGAGCGAAGUGUCCGCUUGCUCUGUACCACGCGCUUUUCCUACAUUCAGAGCUGAUAAUGCUCGUAAUGUGAUAAUAGACGCAAUUAAAAAGGCGGAAAACUCAGAUGAAAUUAUCAUCAGAUUAUACGAAGCUUAUGGGGGCCAUACCAAUGCUAGGUUAAUGAGGCAAUCAAAAAGAGCAAUAAAAUGCAAUAUUUUGGAGGAUUUUAUGGAAGACGUAUCCACUAGUAUUGCAUCUACAUUAGAUAGGACUUUCAGUACUAAUUUACGAGCUCUCGAUGAUGAUAUUUUAGAAUUGCAACAACAGGAGCAGGAGAGGGAAUUUAACAAAGGUUUAUUGAUCAAACUAAAACCCUUCGAGAUAGUAACCUUGAAAAUUGUAUUCUAG